GGCUGUUUAGUUUUUAUAAUUUAUUUUAUAAUUUACUUUUUUUAGCAACAGAAAUAUCUAUGUUAUUAUUUCAUAUGUUUCGUACUGAAGCAUUUAACAGAAAAAUAUCGACAAAUAAUUCAGUUCAUGGUAAUGUCUUUUCCAACUCAAAACGCUAGAGGCAUUCAGAAUCGUAAAAUUCUUGAAGAUUUAGAAAUAAAAAAACAGUUGUUGCUUAAAACGGGCGCAGUUCCAACACCACCAACAGUUCUACAUUCAACUACUCCGGGAACAUCAGACAGUCAUUUCCAACGUACUCAGGUCUUACAAUCUACUGGAUUUUUCAUUACGACAGACUCGGCUUUUGGUAAUUCCAUACUACCCGUACUGCCUCGUAUCGACAAAUAG